UAGGCCGGUGUCAACAAACCUAUCUCGUCCUUGAUGAGCGUUAAAUUAGCGUAGAAGUAAAAUGAAAGUUAGUUUAGGAAGGAAGUGAGAUGAAACCAGUGUUGUUUGUUUUCGGUACAAAUUUAUUGUUCUCCAUCGCACAAUGUGCACGAAUUUUGGGCGUUUUUCCCGCCCCUGGAUACAGCCAGUUCAUUUUAGCGGAAGUAUUAAUGAAAGAAAUUGCCAAUCGAGGACACGAAGUUACUGUAAUUAGUCCAUACAAGCCCCACAAUGCACCUCCUAAUUAUAAAACGAUUGAAACGAGUGACGUGAUAGAAAACAGUGAUGGGUUGGAUUUGUAUGAACUUGACAACGAAUCGCUGUUUAAAAAUAUUUUGACGACUUACGAAUUCGGGAAUAUUAUAACUGAGUUUACAUUAAAAAAUAAGGAAGUACAAAAGUUGUUACACUCGGAUGAGAGUUUUGAUUUGGUGAUUGUGGAGCAAUUUUUCAACGAUGCAAUGAAAGGCUUCGCGAGGCAUUUUAACGCACCUUUGGUCUUAUUCAGUUCGAUGGGUUUGACCGAAUGGAACAAGGAGUACAUGGGAAUUCCGGCCCUGCCAUCAAUUAAUGCGAUUUCUUACACCAGUUACACCAACCGAAUGAAUUUUUUCGAAAGAAUUCGCAAUUUGAUCGGCACUAUUUUCGACUAUUGUUACCGCAAGUGGGUUUUUUACCCAAUUCAGAGAGAAUACUUGAGUAGAUAUUUCCCAAACUCCAUAGAUUUUGACGAAAUAAUAAACAAUGCAAGCCUAAUGUUACUAAACUCACAUUUUACGACCUCCGAAAAUGUCCUUUUGCCCUACAACAUGAUCGAAAUUGGGGGCUUCCACGUCAGUCAAAACCCACUAAGUAAGGACAUACAAAAAAUUUUGGACGAAGCCACCGAUGGGGCGAUUUUAUUUAGUUUGGGCUCAAAUUUGCAAAGUUCGGAUUUGACACCUAAGAUAUUAAACGCAAUUUUGUCAGUUUUUGGACAACUGAAACAAAAAGUCCUCUGGAAAUUCGAAAAGGACUUACCAGAGAAACCCAGCAAUGUUUUCAUAUCUAAGUGGCUGAAGCAAGCUGAUAUUUUAGCCCACCCUAACAUACAAUUAUUCAUAACCCACGGUGGUAUGUUGAGCACCACUGAAGCCAUAUUUAAUGGUGUUCCAAUUCUUGGAAUACCUGUUUUCGCUGACCAGAAAAUGAAUACAGCGCGAGCGAAACGUGCAGGAUUUGCUAACGUGAUGUCUUUGAAGGACUUAACAGAAGAGACGUUUUUGUCCUUAAUUAACGAAACUAUUAACGAGCCUAAAUAUUCAGAAAAUGCAAGAAAAAUGUCCAACUUGAUGAGAGAUCGGGUCGUAAGGCCGCUAGAUCUAGCAAUGUAUUGGGUAGAAUAUGCAAUUCGCAAUAAAGGCGUUCGCUUUGAAACACCCGUUUUGAAAAUGUACUGGUUUCAAGUAUACAUGCUCGAUAUUUUAUGUUUUGUAAUAUUUAAUUUAUUAGUAAUUUAUUUGUCAGUAAAGUAUUUAUGCAGCUUUACGUUACCAAAAAAAUGUAAAAGAAAUAGCAAAGUGAACGAUAGAAAAAAACGUCAAUAAAAUUAUUUGCCUGUU